UGUUUUGUAUUGAAAUUCAAAGUGUUUUCUCGAAAUCAAAACAAAUGUAAAACAAAUGGUUGUUUUGAUUGGUUUUGACACCAAAUGAGCACUCAUUGCAAUCACGCCAUCCGUCUCUUCAGGUGAUUGAUCAACACAUCCAUCUCCAGAAGUCGUACACCAGUGACCGCACAGACAGACAGAUGAAGAAAAGUGCGUUAAAAAGUGGCCAAUCAAGCGAUGGUCUGAAUCGUGAGCCGAAGACCAUUAGGUCGUCGGUGUCUUACCACAGAAGUGAGCCAUCGAUAGCGCCGACACUCCAUCCGUGGUAUUACGUGAAGGGAAGACCGGAUCUGACGGAACAGCGGAUUAGUGGGCGCCGCGAACGCGACAACCAAAUGCAUCGCCAAUCCGUGUCUAAUGACCAGUACUUCAGCCGAACGGCGGCUGAAAACCAAGUCUACCGCAAAUGGAGUGACGAUAAGAGUCUUGUGAAACACCGAAAAGCCGGCGAUGCGGUCACUAAACCACCCUUUGAUACCUUUAGUGAUGACAACAAAUCCGGUGAUAAGAGUCGACAGUAUCUGAGGAUUAGAUCCAACAAAGAAGCGGAGAAAAAGUAUUUGUCAUCAAAAGCCAAAUUAAAAGAGUUUAUGGAUUCGUUUAACUCAAUGGACGAACGAAUGGAUGGUUUGGAGAGACGACAGGAUAUUAUUGUCUUUCAAUUGAAUGAAUUGAAGAAAAUAAGGACUCGUUUUGCGGAGAAACGGGAAUUGUUUGAUCUGAAGGACAAACAACUGGUUUUGCAACGAUUCGGUCAUUUGAAGCUAAGGAUGAAGUGCUUUGAUAUUGUGGAUCAUCUUCGGUACCAUAACAUGUGUGUUCAAUGUAUUAGAAAUCUACCAGAUUUUGAAACUAUUUUGAAUGCCGACGAAUUGGUCCAAUUGCGGGAUGUGAUGGACAGAGCGGUCAAAAUUAUUGAUAUGUAUAUCGAUGUGAAUAAUAACCGAAAUAAUGAGUUUCAGCUCUUGUAUGAUGAAGAAGCGGACACUCGAUGGGAAACUCAAGAGAAUGAGUGGCGCAUAGAGUGCGAAGUCUGGAAUGUGAUGACCGAAAAACUCAUGGAUUCCUAUAAAAGUAUUUUGAAAGACAAAUUGAAUCAAGUGUUGACUCAAGUGACGGAUGCCUUAGCAGUGAGGGAACAAUCCGUCAAAGAGUUGACAGCAUUUACCACUAAAUUUAAGACAGAUCCAAAUCUAUCGGCACUUCUCACAGAAAAUGUUUACGACCUCAUGAGUGAAGGCAUUGCUAAUGGAGUUGAAAAAUAGCGGCUUUUAAUUCAUUCAUUUUA